CAUUGUUUCACGUCGGUUUCAAAAUUUGCCAUUUUGUGGGCCCACAGAACCAAGACUGACCGUUUGACGUGUGCGCACGUAUAUUUGUGUAUCCGUGUGUGCGACACCGUCCGUCCGUCCGUCCGUUCUCAGUAGCGCUUAUCCCGUUCAGGGUCGCGGGGCGCCGGAGCCUAUGCCGGCGGACUUCGGGCGAAAGGCGGACGACACCCUCAACCGGUCGCCAGUCGGUCGCAGGGCACCGAGACACGGACAAGCCUUCGCCUUCGCCUUCGCCUUCGCAGCGUCCGCACCAAAGUCAGGCAAAUUUACCGCUACACCAUCGGUGACUGCAGCGUCAAAGCAAAAAGGAAUAUUAUUCUCACUGAAUAUUAUUACGUGUGUUUAUAUUUAUUUUAUUGUUUAGUAUUUGGUGGUUAGAGCGUCUGCCUCCCAGUUCUGAGGACCCGGGUUCGAUCCCCGGCCCCGCCUGUGCGGAGUUUGCAUGUUCUGCGUGGCUUUUCUCCGGGCACUCCGCUUUCCUCCCGCAAACCAAAAACAUGCGUUCAUUGGAGACUCUGAAUUGCCCGUAGGCGUGAAUGUGAGUGCGAAUGCUUGUUUGCUUGUUUGCUUGUUUGCUUGUUUGCAUGUGCCCUGCGAUUGGCUGGCAACCGGUUCGGGGCGCACCCCGCCUCCCGCCCGACGAUAGCUGGGAUGGGCCCCGGCACGCCCGAGACCCGCGUGAGGAGAAGCGGCUCGGAAAAUGGAUGUGGUUCAGUUGGUAGAGCGGGUUGUCCUGUGACCGGUUGAAAUCCCGUCGCAUGUCGAAGUGUCCUCGGGCAAGACACCGAACCCUGAUUUGCUGCCCGCGGGCGGCUGAAUGUGCGGCUUGGCAAAGCGCUUGGGGCGCCGCGACGCCGUCGAUGAAGUUUCCGAUGUUGCGGAAAUCAAGAUUGGACUUUCAUCCAAAGCUGAAAUGUUCUCGUUGCUUGACGUCAGAGAACAUGGACGGAUGGCUCAAACAUUCCAAACACUACAUGAAGGUAGCUACGACCUAAUAGUGUAAGCGUAAUGUGUUUUAAAUAGAUGAGAUGAAGGAAAAUGGCACAUUUGAACUGCAAAAUGAAAGAAAAGAGAACUCUGCGUAAGCCAAUUGAAAUGACGAAACCAAUGAAAAUCCCUCAAGGGGAACUUCUCCAAUAGGACAGACGAGUGGAAAAGUGGGAUCAAAAUCUCCUUUAUUUGGCUUUCUUCGAUGUCUUGAAGCGGAAAAUGAAGGAUGAAAUUCAAACGUCCUGACGAAUUCCUUCUACGAUGCACGGGAGGGCGUCCGUCUUGUUCUGUUGUGUUCUUUAGCAGCCAUUUUCCCAAAAGUUUGGUGGUGACUUCCUUCAAGGCAGCACGCACGCGCGCGCGCACGCACGCACACAGACCCACUUCUGGUGCGCCUGCUGUCGUGUGGCCUCGGAGACAACAAAACCCUCCACAACAUCUUCACCUUCUUCUCGUCUUCUUUCUCCUCCUGUUCUCUUGCGCUUCUUCUCGGGAAGGGGGAAGGAAGGCGCGCCUUUGCCCGCGGUCGGUCGAGCGGCUCUCUCUCCGUCACUCGGCGCGUCCUAAUGAGGGCGGGCCCCGCCCCCGCUGCCGCGGCGUCACGGCCGUGGGGUUUUGGGGUUUUGGCGUCCGGUCCUGCGGGGCCACGGGGGCUGAGACUUCUUUGCCUUCUCGUCAUCGCUCCGUCGUCUCCCUCGCCGCGCGACCUCUUUGGGGAAAAGAGAAGAAAAAAAAGUCUUUGCUUUCGUUCGAUUCGCCGCCUUCAUUUUUUUUCCUGCCGGGAUUUUCUUUUCUCUCCUGAAUUCGCCAAGGAGAUUUUUCCUCGCGAUCGCCGUUCAAAUGCGAAGCGUGAAAAAGAAAAACCCAAAUCCAAAGUAUCCCAGCCGGCAGGCAAAUAUUUUUCCUCUGCCCGGGUGCCGCUUUUCCAAGUUCCAGAAGAAAAGAGUAACGACAACGACUUUGCUCUUCCUGCCGGACGUUCUUCCUGUUCCUGUUCCUGUUCCUCUUGCUCUUCCUCUUGUUCUACUUCCUCUUCUCGGUCCCGGUCCCGGCGCGGGUCUUCGGCCAUGUUCGGGAUUCAUCACGGCCUCCCGCGAGGCUCCGCGGCGAGCCUGAAGGAGGAGCCGCUCGCGGUUCGCUCAUGGAUGCGCUCGAGCGGCGCGGUCGACGCCGACGCCGCCGCUCAGAGCGGGGUGGGUUUAGCACGAGCCCACUUUGAGAAGCAGCCGCCGUCCAAUCUGCGCAAGUCCAACUUCUUCCAUUUCGUGUUGGCGCUGUACGACCGCCAGGGUCAGCCCGUGGAAAUCGAGCGCACCGCCUACGUGGACUUCGUGGAGAAGGAGACGGAACCCACCGCAGAAAAAACCAACAACGGAAUUCAUUAUAAACUGCAGCUGCUCUACGGCAACGGAGUUAGAACGGAGCAAGACCUCUACAUCAGACUCGUUGAUUCCAUGACCAAGCAGGCGAUCGUCUAUGAAGGUCAAGACAAGAAUCCGGAGAUGUGCCGAGUCCUGCUGACCCAUGAGAUCAUGUGCAGUCGCUGCUGCGACAAGAAAAGCUGCGGAAACAGAAACGAGACACCGUCCGACCCGGUCGUCAUCGACAGGUUCUUCCUCAAGUUCUUCCUCAAGUGUAACCAGAAUUGUCUGAAAAAUGCUGGAAACCCAAGAGACAUGAGGAGGUUCCAGGUGGUGGUGUCCACAACGGUCAGCGUGGACGGACAUGUCCUCGCCGUCUCAGACAACAUGUUCGUGCACAACAACUCCAAACACGGCCGCCGAGCUCGCAGACUGGACCCGUCCGAAGCGGCGUGUCCGUGCAUCAAGGCCGUCAGUCCCAGCGAGGGAUGGACGACCGGGGGCGCCACGGUCAUCCUCAUCGGGGAAAACUUCUUUGACGGCCUUCAGGUGGUCUUCGGGAGCAUGUUGGUGUGGAGCGAGCUCAUCACGCCCCACGCCAUCCGUGUGCAGACUCCCCCCCGACACAUCCCCGGAGUGGUGGAGGUCACCUUGUCCUACAAGUCCAAGCACUUCUGCAAGGGGGCGCCCGGACGCUUCAUCUACACGGCGUUAAACGAGCCCACCAUUGAUUACGGCUUCCAGAGGUUACAGAAGGUCAUUCCCCGGCACCCCGGGGACCCGGAGCGGCUGCCCAAGGAAGUGCUACUGAAACGAGCCGCUGACAUGGUGGAGGCGUUGUAUGCGAUGCCUCAUAGCAGCCAGGAGAUGAUCCUGAAGCGGGCGUCGGACAUCGCCGAGGCGCUCUACAGCGUCCCGCGGAACCACAGCCAGAUCCCGUCGCUGUCAAACGCGGCUUCCCACGGCAUGAUGGCCGUCAACUCCUUCGGUGGCCAGCUGGCGGUCAAUGUCAAUGACGCGACUCAAGGCGGGUACACUCGCAACGGCAACAGCCAACAAUCCCCCAGAGGAUACGCCCCCAGCUCCACCCCCCAGCAGAGUAGCUACGGCAACAGCGUCAGCAACUACUCCAACACUAGCAUGCCUAACCUCGGGGUGGCGUCUUCACCCAACUUCCUCAAUGGAUCCUCCGCCAACUCCCCCUACGGCACUGUGACGACCAGUCCCACCAUGACGGUGUCCAACUGUAGCUCCGCCCACAGCGUCUUUGCCUUCUCUGCUAGCGUAAAAGCCAAGAGCGCCUUCGCUCCAGUGGUUAGACCCGCCUCCUCCCCGCCACUGCCGACCAAUAACUGCGGAGUCUCCGCUGGACUGCAAGGCAUGUCGGGCCUGGCGGUGCCACCGAUGUAGAAGGAAGCGAGGAGGCGAGGGCCUCGACGAGCGGCCGACCCGCCUCGCGCUCGUCCGGAAGGUGUGAUGUCGCGUUCGACGGCGGACGAACGCGGCGAAACAUUUUCAACGACUCUGCCCGAUGUAGCCCCGCCCCCUCCCCAUCAAGCUCCACCCCUUGCAUUAAAUGACAAUUUUCACUGUAACCUUUUCUUAACGUGUGUCCUCACCAGGUCAUUUCCAUAUGCUGGACAUGGUGUGUGCGUACCCGUGUUUGUGUGUGUUGGAAAAACAAACAAAGUCGAAGUGGUUUUCAUUGUGGAACUGUGAUUUUGCUUUCACCAAUGUGAAUGUUUUUCUUCAUGCAAAAUAAAAAUAAAAAUCAUUGAUUGACA